AUGCCUUCUGAUUUCAACGAAUCACGUCGGAUUCUCACGAGGCCACACGGCGGAGGAGCGGUGGCGAUGGCAAUUCCGGCGGAUCAACAAGAACAGCUUCCUUGUCCUCGAUGUGACUCAACCAACACAAAGUUCUGUUACUACAACAACUACAAUUUCUCACAGCCACGUCAUUUCUGCAAGUCUUGUCGCCGUUACUGGACUCACGGUGGUACUCUCCGUGACAUUCCCGUCGGUGGUGUUUCCCGGAAAAGCUCAAAACGCUCCCGGACUUACUCUUCCUCCGCCGCUGCUUCAACCGUCGUCGGAAGCCGGAAUUUUCCGUUACAAGCGACACCUGUUCUGUUCCCUCAGUCGUCUAACGGCGGUGGUAACACGGCGGCGAAAGGAGGCGCAUCGUCGCUCUACGGUGGUUUAACCUCUUUGCUCAGCUACAACGCCGCGGCGAGCAGAAACGGACCUGGUGGUGGGUUUAAUGGGCUUGACGGGUUUGGGCUUGGGCUUGGUCACGGUUCGUAUUUUGAUGACGUUAGAUUCGGGCAAGGGAUAACGGUCUGGCCGUUUUCAACUGGCGCUACUGAUGCUACAACAGCCGCUACAAGCCACGUGGCUCCGAUUCCCGCCACGUGGCAGUUCGAAGGUCCAGAGGGAAAAGUCGGGUUCGUGUCCGGAGACUACUUAGCGUGA